GUCACAGAAUCCAAUACAUUUCUCGGUCCAAUUCUCGGGUUUGGACACUAUAAAACCCCCCGCACCCAGUAACCAACCGUUUCUCUCUCCCUGAAAACUUUACUCUUUCUAAUUAUUAUUCUCACUGAUUAUCCGGACAUGGCUGAACACGAGAGCCAAUUUCAAAAGCAAGGCGAAGAUGAUGAGAGAGAAGAAGAAGAAGAAGAAGAAGAAGAAGAAGAAGAAAAGGAGAGUGGGAUCGAGUUACCGGAGUCGACGCGAUUAGAAACCGUUGCAGGCUCGGGAGUUAGGUCUGCGGCGGAGUCGGUUGGUGGAGCUCAAUUUCAGGAGCAAGUAGGGAUAAACCGCCUGGAUGAUCUGGCAAGUGCAUCGUACCAGCCUGCUCAGGGUCGGACACAAAAUCAGCCACAAUUGGUUUCUUGUCCAACUUCGUUGUCAGAACUGUCACCAACUUCUGUUACUCAAUCUAUUUCACCUGCUCCAAGCCCAAUUCUUCGAGAACAAAGACGGCCAUUGCAAAAUGUCAAUAGUUUAUGCAUGCUCGAGGGGGGCAAACAAAUUUCUUCUGACUUUGAUUCUAUAUCGCCCGUUCGUCUUGUAAAAACCUCUGCUUCAGAUGGUUACAACUGGAGGAAAUAUGGCCAGAAGCAAGUGAAGAGUCCUCCAGGUUCCCGAAGUUAUUACAGAUGCACAUUUUCUGAGUGUUCUGUCAAAAAGAUUGAAUGCUGCGAUAUUUCAGGCAAUUUAACUGAAGUUGUUUACAAAAGUCAACAUAGUCAUGAUCCACCUCUGAGGAGUAACUGCACAAGGGAAAUCAAAGUUGCAUCUUCUGCUGAGUGUGUAGGCAAUAGUGUUACAGAAUAUCCCUGUGCACUACUGAAUGAUUCAGAGCAGUCCACAACUUCGAAAGAACACGUACAAGAAAUCCCAAUUUCUGAAAAUAAACGGCAGAGUUCAAGUAACUCCGAUGGUAAUGAUGAUGUGAUGAUCAAGGAGGAGCAUAACAAUGAACCAGAAUCCAAAAAAAGAUUGAAGAAAAGCAACUCAGAACAUUCAGAUUCCCUCUUGAAACCUUGCAAGAAACCUAAGUUUGUUGUACAUGCAGAAGGGGAUGUGGGAAUAUCAGCUGAUGGAUAUAGAUGGCGCAAGUACGGACAAAAGAUGGUGAAGGGAAACCCCCAUCCCAGGAACUACUAUAGAUGCACUUCUGCCGGAUGCCCUGUCCGGAAGCACAUUGAAACGGCCGUAAAUAACACAAGUGCUGUCAUAAUAACAUACAAAGGGAUACAUGACCAUGAUAUGCCUGUUCCAAAGAAGCGGCAUGGCCCUCCAUGUCCUCCUCUUGUUGCCGCCGCUGCCCCUGCUUCCAUGAACAAUUUGCAGAUUGUGAAAGGUGAUACUGAAGGGCACCAAUCUUCGACCCAGUGGUUAGUGAACAAGGGAACUCAACAAUCUUCGACGCAAUGCUCAGUGGACAAUGGAGCACACCAAUCUUCAACGCAGUGGUCAGUAGACAAGGAAGGAGAAUUGACUGGUGAGACCUUAGAACUUGGAGGCGAGAAGGCAAUGGAAUCAGCUCGAACUCUUUUGAGCAUUGGAUUUGAAAUCAAACCCUGUUGAAGGUACUUUUGCUGCCUGUGGACUAGUCAAAACUUUAGAAGAUCAUCAACCAGCCUUUCUUAGAAAAACAUGCAUAUGUAUUUAUGUUAAGAUUUAGCAUCACAUUGGCAGGUUUGUUUUUUAAUUUUUCGUUCUUUCACCUUUUUGCUGUUGUUUAUAGUGCACAGUUGUGUAUAUAUUUAGUUUUGUAUCAUUUGUAUGCCCUGGAAUCUUGUUUGAGUAGGCUA